UUGCGAAGGGCACAAAGAGUGCAGCUGUGCUUGCGGAGGGCACAGAGAGUGCAGCUGUGCUUGAGGAGGGCACAGAGAGUGCAGCUGUGCUUGCGAAGGGCACAAAGAGUGCAGCUGUGCUUGAGGAGGGCACAGAGAGUGCAGCUGUGCUUGCGGAGGGCACAGAGAGUGCAGCUGUGCUUGAGGAGGGCACAGAGAGUGCAGCUGUGCUUGCGGGGGGCACAGAGAGUGCAGCUGUGCUUGAAGAGGGCACAGAGAGUGCAGCUGUGCUUGAGGAGGGCACAGAGAGUGCAGCUGUGCUUGCGGAGGGACACAGAGAGUGCAGCUGUGCUUGCGAAGGGCACAAAGAGUGCAGCUGUGCUUGCGGAGGGCACAAAGAGUGCAGCUGUGCUUGCGGAGGGCACAGAGAGUGCAGCUGUGCUUGAGGAGGGCACAGAGAGUGCAGCUGUGCUUGCGAAGGGCACAGAGAGUGCAGCUGUGCUUGAGGAGGGCACAGAGAGUGCAGCUGUGCUUGAGGAGGGCACAGAGAGUGCAGCUGUGCUUGCGGAGGGCACAGAGAGUGCAGCUGUGCUUGCGGAGGGCACAAAGAGUACAGCUGUGCUUGCGGAGGGCACAGAGAGUGCAGCUGUGCUUGAGGAGGGCACAAAGAGUGCACCUGUGCUUACACUCGAGCAGAAACUCCCGAGAGACUGGCCGCCGUGA